GACGUCGCGGCCCCGUGCGGGCCAGGGAAGGCACGCUGGUACUUGGAGUGGGCGCCGGGCGCCGGCCCUGCGUGCCCCGCGUGCCCCGCAUACGCCCCACCACGCGUGUGCUCUGCACCGACCGCCUCGCCCCUGUGCCGCAGGGGUGGCUGGGACAUGCUAGGUCCCGCCCCCUUGGCUGCUCUGAUUGGUUCGAAGAUGGACCCUGUCAGCCCACUGGGCCAAUGAGAUGCGAGGGGACAUUUGCUGGGGCUUCUGGGAAAGGAACUCUCCCUCUCUGCUCUCCCCUUCCCUCCCCUCUCCUCCCCUCCCUUCCCAUGCCGUCUCCUCCCCGCUCCCCUCGCUCCUCUCUCCACCUCUGUCUUCUCUCUCUCUCUCUCUCUCCCCCCCAGCCGUGAGAGCAGCUUGCAGACGUCCAUGUUCCUUCUGAAGGCCCCACAGCGGUUGCAGACCCAGAGGAGGGGGCGUGGGCUGUGUAGACGCCGGCCAUGCAGCCCGGUCCCUGAAAAGCUCCGGAGACCUGGGCAGUGGCCAGGCCCCCGCGGCAGGGCUGCAGUGGGAUGGGGACGACUCGACCCCGCCCCCGCCCGACACUGACCCGGCCCCGCCCCGGCCCCGCUGCGGGAGCUGUGCGGGUGGACGCGGACACCUGCGUGCCCUCCUUCCUGCUCCUCUUGGGCUCUCACUGCACUAAAGGCCUCCUGCUACGGCUGCGUGUGACGUCACGUCCAGCGACGGGAGGUGGGUGUCAGCCAGAUGGUGGGCCAGAUGGCAAGUGUUUUCCUUUAUUUUGUAUUUUGAGAGUUGAGAAGAUAUUGAAUGAAUCACCAUAUAAUCCCAUUUUCUAAGGUCAAAUCUGGACAUAAAAAAUUAGAUUUACAAGCCCGAUUUCUUCUUGAAGUAUUGACAGAGAAAUGUGAACAGAAACGUGUUCAACGCAGUCAUUCGGUCUGUGGGAGGACGCUCCGUGUGCGCUGUCCAGCGCCUUGGCUCCCAGGGCUUGAACUCUGACCGAGCAGAGAAGGUGGGCUACACCCUGGAGAAAAAGAAUGACGUGUAUGAGGACUUUUAUGACUGUAUGAUAAGCAUACUGGUGUCUUUUAUUAUAAAACUUUUUUUUAAAUCAAACGCCUGUAGAUUUUCCUAUGUCACCUGAGGCUCCUGCUGCAGGUGUCCCUGGCCCCAGACAUGGCCUCUGCUUGCCCCUCUGCAGUCGCCGUGGGGCCCUCACCCUGCCUUCUGCCAGGCAGGCGGGAGAGCUGAAAUCUCGGACAAACCCCGCGUGAGGUGGUGGCAGCCCGAGUGCCCGCGGAGCAGCCGCCUGCCCCGCAGGCCCUGGGAAGGACCCUGUGGGUGGGCGACAUGUGACAGAGCUUCCCGGCCUGGCACGGCCCCUGUCCCAGAUUCCGCCCUGGUGCCUGCAUUUCACUAAACCAAGGAGAGACACCCGUGUCCUCGCCCGUGGCCAGGCUUCCCCUGGAUGAUGGGGGCCACCGGGAAUCCCUAACUUCCUUUGCCUUGGGCCUUCCAGUCCCCAGGCAGCCACAUCUCCUGUCUCCUCCACAGGGCAUCGUGGAGACCCAGCCCCGUGGGGUCGCAGCUGUGCUGCGGCCGGGACGUGAGGAGCCCUUGUCCAGCGCAUUGGCUGAGUUCAUGCAGAGCCUGCCCGGGGCCUUGAGGGCUUCCUCAGCUGUGUGUGUGUUGGGGGGGGGUGUGUGGCUCUUCACAGCUGGGAGGGGGUCUGCUGGGCCACCUGCGUUCAGCGCCCCUCUGCCUCGGGGAAGCACCUAGGUCUCCCCUGGUGGGAGGCAGGGGUUUUUCCCGUUUCUGGGACCGAUUCCCUCCCUGGGAAGGCGGGAUUGGUGUGGCCGCCCCCGGGUUGCAUGGCUGUGGAGGGCUGGCCUCAAGCAUUUGUUGUGCCUGUGAACAUUCGUCCUCGUCCCAUUCGUCCCCACGGUUCAGUCAGUUUCACGGAGGACUUCCUGGAGGCGAUGGCAGUCUUGCAGAGUAGGUCCCGACGCCAGCUUUGGGAGGCAUGCCUUACCAAGGUGGCGUGGACGCUUCUUCCCGAGAGGCGGCGGCGGUGGUGGUCGUGGGUGCACGGCACGCGUCACUCACCCCGCUGCAUUUGAAGAGACAGUGUUUGUGAUCUGUUUGCAUAGUCGCAUGGUCUAUCCUGUUGGAUCCUUGCCUAUUGGAACCUUCCAGAACGUUCCCUGUCCUCCCUCCAUGGAUGCCCUAGCCCACCUUCUGCUAAGACCUCGGCCAUCAGGGUUUGUGGAGGUGACGCUGACUUCAGGGACCCCGCGAGGUUUUGUCCUGACGCUGACGCUUUUGUCGCCAGAGUUUUGGUUCUGCCUCCUUCAUUUAUAGUGAGCUUUUGAGCUACGCCCCCUUUACGGAGCUCAGUGGUGCUGUGGGCAGACGCCUGGCCUUAGCGAUCCCCCUGCUGGCAGAGACUGGAGGGCGGCCCCCACCGGGGCGAGGGGCACAAGCCAGGCCCAGAAGGUGGCCUGCGCGUGAGCCCUGCCCUCCAGCCCCCCUCAGGCUGAGAGCUGCAGUCCAGGGCAGCCAUUGUCGCCGGGCGCCACUUGUGUUUGUGCUGAGUUGUGUUCAGGGUGGAGAGUGCCAGGGCCAUGGUGUUGGUAUUCAAAAGGUGGAUGUUCCUUCUAUGUCCACGGAUUCCUGGUUAUUCAUAGAGAGAAGAUCAGCAUUUUCAGUACCCCCAGUUGUUUCAUGAGCUUUCUGAGCAGGCCAGCCCCUAGGGGAGGAAAGCCAGGUUAACGCUGUUAGCCCCUCCCCCGGGGGCUUGGUGUCACUGCCACCCCUCCCCCCAACCCUGCAUGCUUUGCCGUGUAUAGUGCCAUGCCUUCUGGGGCUAAGUCCUCCUUUGGUAUUUAAAAGGUGGAUUUUCCUUCUAUGUUUAUGUAUUUGUGGUUAAACAUAGAGGAAAAUCCACAUUUUCAGUAUCAAAUGCUGCUUGGGCGCCACCCUGGACUGCAGCCAGCCUCAGGGCCGCCAGGGUGAGUGCGCCACGGUGGCCCACAGAGCAUGUGCCCGGUUCCCGCCACAUGCCUGCGGGCCACCCGCCGGCCCAGGCCGCUCUGUCGCCGCGGCGUCUGCGAGGCAGCGGACAGUGCGGCCUGAAGGUCGGCGCCUUGGUGCCCAGGCUCGCGCCCGCUCGCUGCGCAGUCGCAGUCGUCUUUGGUAUUUAAAAGGUAGAUUUUCCUUCAAUGAUUACGUGUUGCCUGGUUAAUCAUAGAGGAAAAUCCACAUUUUCAGUAUCAAAUGCCGCUCUGGAGACGUUGCUGGACCGAAGCCGCCGCCAGGGGCGCGAGGCAGGGCUCAGCCCCCAGGGAGAGUGGAAGGGUGGCGGCCGGGGACAUGUGCUCACUUGGCGCCAUAUGUCUGCCGACCGUCACCUUUCGGAGCCCCCUGUCGCCGAGGAGCGCCCGCCUCUGGCCGGCUGUGUGCAGCGCCGCCUUUUCCGGUCUGUCUUUGGUAUUUAAAAGGUGGAUUUUCCUUCUAUGUUUACGUGAUUGCUGGUUAAUCAUAGAGGAAAAUCCAUGUUUUCAGUAUCAAAUGCUGCUCUCGAAGCCUCCCUGGAGGCCGCCGUGGGGCCUGGGUAGGCGAGAAGGGGGUGGGUGGCACGUGCGCCUGGCUGCCCCCGAGCUCCGGCCCGCAGCCGCGGUGAAGGCGGGCUUGUGGCUCCCUCUGGCCGCCUCUCCCGUGGGACUGAUGCCCCCCGCCCCCGCGCCCCUCCCCCCGCCGCCGGGUGAAUUCUGUUUUGACAGCUGGAACACAGGUCGCCUUUUCCCGGAUGGAACCAUCUUUGGUAUUUAAAAGGUAGAUUCUCCUUCUAUGAGUACAUUAUUUAUGAUUAAUCAUAGAGGAAAAUCCACGUUUUCAGUAUCAAAUGCGACUGGGAAAGACUCCGCGGAUGCGACGUCGCCACAGAAGAAAGGACGCCCCCACCCCCACCCCGGUGCCCCUCGGGUCCGGGAACCGACCGGCACGCGCGCGCUCACCGACCUGGCCCUCUGCGUGCUGACCGCGUGCAUUCUGUGUGCUCUGGAACCCCCUCUCUGUACCCAGUGCCGCUUUAGAGAGUGCCCCCGUGGUGGGCGGUCUGGUCCCGGAUGGGCGCUGCUCUGGGGACACGGGAUGGGUGUGGACGUCACCGCUGGGGUGCUCUGCAGCCCUGGGCCCUGCCUGUCCCUCUGGCAUGGAUGCCACUCUUGUCCCGGGGAGGGUGAUUCCUCACCAGUGCUCUUGCCUGCCCCUGGCUGGUGGGUGCCUUCCCCGGGUUUGUCGGGUUUGCAGUGCCCGGGCAGCUCGCGGCACCCUCUCCCCCCCGCCGCCUCCCUCUGGGUUUGUGAGCCCCGCCCUCUGACCCCCUGCUGGGCGCCUUCUGAAGGGCUGGUGGCUGCGGAGACGGGCGACUGGGCCGCAGUUUUCUUCCCGAGUUGCUGCUCUGUUUGGGAAUCGCUGCCUUCCUGGUUGGAGCUGCCUCUCUGGGAGAUUUCAUGAUUGCUUCAUCUCCCACACACGCCCAAGAAUGACCAAUGGCAAAGUCAGCCGCUCACCGAAAUGUCGGCCGUCUGGUCCACCUGCGCUCCGUCCCCAGCUCAUGCUUAGAGUGCCUUUUGGGCCUUAUCGUCACUACUUAGGGAGAAGGGUGCGUGUUGGGGCCAGCCGAGAGGGAGGAUGGCCCCAGAGUGCCCAGUGCGCUCAGGGGACUCAGCCUCGGGGGUCCCUUUGCCACAGGCGUCCACCUGCGCUUCUUCUGCUUAGUUAGAGUCGGCCCUGGGGGAUGUGUCUGCCUUUGGCGACCUGGGCAACAGCUCCCCGUCCGGGUGGCCCUUGUGGCUUUCCGAGCGCCACCACGGUUCUGCAGAAGAGGCGUCUGUCUUAGCGCCACUGCAAGACGUGUGAGUGGCGGUGGAUCCCAGAAUGUGCUGGUUUUCUGCUUGUUCUUCCAUGACGACGCACACUGCUGUGGCCUAACCCCCACCAGCCAAGGAGGGCUUCCUGGAGGCAGUGGCUGUUUCCCAGGGAGGGUGCUCUGCAGGCCACUAAGAGAUGACAGAUACUUCACACUCACUCUUUGUGGCACGUGGUAGAGAGCUGCGCUGGCUGUCCGGGAGCCUGAAGCCGAGUCAGUGUGAGGCCGGGUGGCGCCAGGCCAGGCACGGGCACCACACUGGGCGUGGCCACGGAGCCGUGGCUCCUCGAGCUGCUCUUUGGUGCUUGAAGAGAGAAUGCACUGUGAGUGGUCACUUCAUGAACGGCGAAUACACAGGGGAGACUCUUACUUGUGCCUCAAACUCUGCCUGGGAGGGCGCUUGGGCGCAGCCCCAUCCUUGGCCCCCUCAGGUAGGUGCCGUCCCCCGGUCCUGGGACACAGGUGCCGGCUGUGCCGCCUGCCCGCCGGUCCCCUGCACCCUGGGCUCUGGACCAGGCUGUGGGGUAGGGGCGGGCCCUCUGGUACCUGUCCCCUGCACUGGGGGUGCCGGGGACCAGUCCCACCAGGGGAGGCCUCCCAGUCACAGCCUCCACCUUUGCAGGGAGACUGAUAAAUGCUCGCUCAAGGGCCGGCCUUCAUUCACGCUGGCUUCCUUCCUGAUCUCCCGCCCUGGAGGAGAGCUUGCUGGAGGUGGUGGCAACCUCAUCAGAGCCCCUCUUUGGGACAUGGUAGAUUUCUCAGAGCUGUGUCUCUGUGUCAUUUGUGAUUCAGGUCCUGCCUGGAUGGGAGGCCAGCUCUGGGGGAGACCCUGGGGGCUGGCAUUCCUGCACCAGGUACGUGGGUGUCGGAAGGUCAGAGCGCACCGGAUCUUCAUGCCCCGGCCCUCGGACCGCCAGCAUUCCGUUCACCUGCGGGACGGAUGCCUCAAGAAGGGGCUGAGGGACCUGGUGCUUGUCACCCUGACUGCCCCGGCCGGCGUGGGGAAGGGACACGUGCAGCAGCCCCCGUCCCGGGAAAGCGGAUGUCCUGUGCAGGAGAGGAUGAACCCCUGGUGACAAGGCCGAGCCGGUGACCGGGACUGCUGAGCCUGCCCCGUGCUCUUGUUUGGUACUUAAAGCGAGGUUGCCCUGUGUAUAUUCUGUUCAUUGACAUGCAAUAUACAAGGGCAAGCUCUCUGUGAGUAUCAAACCUUGUCUUGGACCCCGUCCACACUCAGCGAGGGACGCGGUACGUGUGUGCAUGACCGUGUGUGCACAUUGCUCCCGGGGCGCCACUUGGUGGAGAUGACCCCACGGGCGCACGGAGGCCUCGGGGCCCUCCCUGGCCUGGUUCUGCGUGUGCGGGUGGGUCCCGAAGCAUGCACUCUGUGUGUGGCGUGGGCCGCUGUUCCCGCGCGGGCCUCGUUGUUGUUUGGGGUGCGAGUGUGCAUGUCGCGCUUGGCUCCAGCCCCCGAGCCGCUAACCCUUGGCGUCUAAUUCGUCCCCAGGAACCCGCCUUGAAGAUGUGCCAGGUGUACCCAGCGCGACUGCUUUCCUUUGCGUGCUAACCUUUGGUACUUGGGGAGUGGUUAUCCCUGUCCUGUUCGUUUUAUUCAUGUCGAAUCGUACAGGGUCAUCCACUUUUUCAGUAUCAAGAGCGCAGAUUCUGGAGCUCCGUUUCCCGCUGUUUCCGAGCCCCUGCGGCCUCAGGCGAGGCGUCUGCGGGCUGUGCCUGCUGUCCCACGCGGCCUAGGAGGGCUCGGGCUCCGUGCUUUCAGACUGGGACUCGGCUCAGCCCUGGGCCUGGUCCUCAGCUCCUCACAGGUGGUGGCCCGGGCACUUGGACUGAUGGUGGUGCUGUCCUCACCGUCCCUGCUUGGAGUCCGCUCCGGUGUCGCAGCGUGGAAGCCGAGCCUCCCCAGGUACGUGUGAGUGGGUGGAGACGACGAGGGUGCCCAGCGCCGUCCUCGCGCUGGCUUCCAGCACACCGUGCCAAACGCGCAGGCGCCAUCCACCCUCGAGCCCGGCGGUGCCGGUCUUCCUGCCCGUGCUGCUGUUUCAUACUUGAGGAGAAAUUAUCCUUGGUGUGUUCGCUUUAUUCGUGAUGAAUCAUACAAGGACAAUUUCUUUUUGAGUAUCAAAUCCUGCCUCGGCGGACUUCCUGGACGCGCUGACAAGUUCUGUGGAGGGCUGCAUGCGCCAGCCCCUCUGGGGGUUCACACCCGGAGUGGGGGCCGAGCCUGCAGCUGGGUGCCGGGGGGGGGGCCUUUGUGCAUCGGCUCUGGACCUUGGCGCCGCCCCGGACACGUGUCGGUCACGGGUGUGUGUGAUGAGUGGCAGCGGCCGUAGCGAGUCGGAUCCCGCCUCCCUUGGGUGCUUCUUGGUCAUGAAGCUGGGGAAAGGUCUUUGGGCUCAGGCCCCCUCCCCCUGGCUGCGAGUGGCACCGUGACCCGGCAGUUCCUGUGUGGUGCCGACCCACUCGGCCCCCUUGUGUGGGGCCCCUGAGAAGGACUUUCUGGAAGAGACGGCAGCUUUGAAGAGACAGCGGCUGGCUCCCGUUGAUGGCGCGGCUCCUUGGUGCUUAAAGAAUGGCUGUCCGUAGUAUGGUCUCUAUAUUUAUGGUGAUUAAUAUCGGACAACCAUUGUUUUAGUAUCCAAAAUGGCUUCAGAAGGCUUCGCGCACACGGUGCCGUGCGGCUCGUGGGUCUGCCCCGCCCUGGAGCGCGGCUCUGGGGGAUUUGUGCUGACUUCGUUCCAGGAUCUCAGAGUGCCAGCCGGCCGGGGGAUCUCGGACUCCGGCCAGCCUCCGGUGGUCCUGUGGGACUUCAGGGCCCUCCCAUCUUAGCUGCAAGAUGUCGAUUGAGGCCCCUCUGCCUCUCCUUAUCACAUCUUAGCCGCAGGGAGAUGCCUUGGGGGCAAGGCGGGGCACAUGGGUGGUGGGCAUUGCUCCGGACUGGAGGACGUCCCGUAGCGGUCCUGAGCCGUCAGGGAAGCGCAGUGCGUUCUCUGCCGCGGCUGCCUCUCCUUGCUCCUGAGCACGGACGUGGCCGUGGAGACACCGUGGCCACCAGCGCCCCUGGGACGUGCGUGCGCGUGCACCGUGACUCCUCGGCUGGGUUAAUGUUGCUCAAACUCUAGAAUGCGGCUCAGAUGGUCAUCACCAAGGCAUCUUGGUAGAAAGCAGAUUCUGAUUCCGGGACCAAGAUUCUGCAUUUUUAGCAAGUUCUUGAGUGCUGCCGCAGCAGCUGGUCUGUGCACGACAGCUGGAGCCGUCGGGGUCGGCGUCGGCACGCGGUAGCCAUCUGCAUCUCCCCGUGCCCCCCUCACAUCCGCCGGGAGAGGACUCCCAGAACCGGCACGCUGCCCGACUGCGCACAAGAGCCGUGAGGCUGCUCUUGCUGUAACACCAAAGGGCGCCCACACGGGCACAGGGAGGGGCGCUGGCGUGCACCCGCUCGAGGGGCUCCCCGAGGUGCUGGGUCGCAGUGACCUCAGCCCUUGUCGCUGCGCCUGCACAGCCCUGCAGCUCCCGUGAGUCCUGACUGGAGCGACAGGGACCCCCACUGUACCCGAAGAGUUGUCCGUGAUGACGUGGCUGACCUCCGAUCCGCACUCACAUGCCAGCUUCUUGUCCUCAAAUCUCGCCUCUCCCUAGGGAGUCCCAAGGGGGCGGAUUUUGGGAUCCCCUGGCCCAGAGCCGCCUUGGGUGGUUCCAGCUUGGGGUCUUGGAUGUUGGCGGCAUGGCCGGACCAGACGGGGGACCGGGGCUUGAUGGCGGUUUGUGUGCUUUCCUUCCAGGACGUGGGCCUCGGGGUUCGGCUCUCCCUGCGAAGUCUCCCGGCGUGGCAGCGGGGAGGAGGCCGCGGUGUCCGGUCAGGACUUUUGGAGGAUAUUUGAGGAGAGGUUAACCGUGUUAUGUUCGCUUGUUCAUCAUGAAUAAUACAUGGUUAACCUCUUUUUGAAUGUCAAACUCUGCCUCGGAGGGCCGCCCGCACCAGAGACGUGAGAGCGUGUGCUGUGUGUGCGCCCCGGGCCUGGGCCCCCUAUGAGCCUCCUGGGGGCCCUCUCUGGUGAUGGUGGUGGUGGUGGGGCGCCCCAGGCGGCUCUGCUGUGUUUGCAGUGGAUUUGCUGUGUUUGUCACUUGCACGGAGUUGUCCCUCUUUCCAUGCCGACCUGCGCCCAGCCCACGAGCACACCCAAGGCUCGGAGCCUUUCCUGGUCCUGGUGCCCCGACCCCGUCCUUUCCAGGGUGGCUUUCUGGUGGAAAGGGCAUGGUUUUCCUCCCCUUGGGGACACUCGCGGCAAGGCCGCCUCCUCCAUGCAGACCCCGACACCUGAGUCUGUCCACCUGAGUCAGGGCCUGUCCCGGGGGCUCCCUGGAGGCAGGCGGGCUGCCACCCCAGAUGCAUGAUUUGGCCCCAGUGUCCACUUCCUCCCCAGAUGGACAUCUGCAGGCCAGCGCCCACUGUCCACGCAGGGUUCCUGGCCGCUGUCUCUGGGACUGGAUUCCUCCACUCCCCUGACGGACACCACCUGGCCCAGAGGCAUCCUGGGAAGAAGACACAGGAACGUGGCCUGGCCGACCCCAGUCUCUGUGGGCUCAGUGCCCGCUGGGAGGCAGCCUUCUGCAGCUGCUGGCGUCGGCCCCAGCGACUGUUCUCCGCGUCGACACGCGUGGGUGAGUCCUCAGACAGAGUCAGUUCAGGGUGAUGCCCGAGGGGGCGCCAGCCCCGCCGAAGGCCCCCACCAGCCUUGGCCGUGGGUGUGUGCGGAUAGGUGACUCGGCGUGCGCCGUGGUGAUGAACAGGGCUCCUCUUCCUUAGGGGGUGCCCGAGGAGGCUGCAAGCGUCGCCUGCAGGCCUUGGUGAGGGCCUGUUGGGGGCUUCCCGUGUCCCUGACAGAUGGCAUUGUGAUAGGGUGGAGGGGCACAUGGAGAGCCCCGCCUUCAGAGCGCAGACCUGGAUCAGCACCACGGCCAGGUCCCCGCAGGCGGGGCUCCGCUGGUGCCCCAGUGGGGCCUUGGGGCGCUUCUGGGCCAGACCCCGCCGUGCUCAGCGCCCUCCCUCUCCCCGGUGCUGUCGUGAGGGCCCCUCCCUGGGCAGAGCCCGUGGAACAGCGACCACGGGACGUGUCGCAGGCUUUCUCCGUCCUCGGCCCUCGGCAUCCAGGCUGCCCCCGGGGGAGGCAGGGGCUCCUUGGUGGCGGUGCUGUCCACAGCGGGCCCCCUCGGUGACACUCUCUGAGUCACAGCGUGGCAUCCUUCCUGCCUUUGACCCGCACUUUCCUGAAUUCCUGCUGGGACGUGAUGAGGGUGGAGCCAGGGAGUCCUCUAGGCGGAGGUGUCGGGGUGCUGUGGCCGCUCCUGCACCAUGGCUGCCGGUUUCCAGGACACGCUCCUACUGGGGGCCGGGCCCUGUCGGCGGUAGUGGAGUGGACGGUUGACCAGAGAACAUAACGUUUUAUUAAUGGUGUGUGUCAGCUGAUCCACAGUCCCUCCCUGUCCCCAUGACUCCUCAGGACACACUCCUGGAGGCGGGCUUCCUGACGGCGGCUGUGGGCCGGCCCUGAGACGGUGGUCUCAUUCCUGCGCCUGCCAUAUUCAUGCUGCAAAGGUGGCCUUGUGUGCCUGGGAGGUUUCCCAGGAGGCACUGUCGGCCCCAGCCGGCUCCGGGGGUGGACACGAUGGACGGUGGGCACCUCCCGGUUCUGCUAACUGCAGUCCCCAAUCCACCCUGAGCAGGAGUAGCCGGAGCCCAGGCCGCCCGCGGGAAGACGCAGCUCGACGGCACCGGGUUCGGUACUGGGAGAGUGGCUAUCCCUGCUGUGUUCGCUGUAUUUGUGACGAAUCAUACAGGGACAUCCAGUUUUUCAGUAUCAAAUACUGCUCGGGAGCACUCCCUGGACCGUGUCCUGCCGUCAGGAAGGGGGGCUUGCUUCAGAACCCAGCCCCUGCCGAGGUACGUACGUGGAUGGCCGAUGGCAGGGCACCUGCCCCCUCCUCGGUGGGUGUCGCCCAUCGCCCAUGCGACCAGAAUCCGGUCCCUGGGGAAGGGCAGCCUAAGAAGGCAGUGGCUGUGCUCGAUGGACGGAGCCCUCACCGGCCGCCCUUCCUGCUGCAGCCCCAGGGCCGACUCCUUUUGAGAGCCAGCGCCUCCCUGGGAAGGCUGUCUGGGAGCGGGGCCGCUCUCUGCGAGCCACGGCUGUGCUGCUGGUGUGCGUGGGGACGUGGAGCCGAGCCCAGGUCCUGAUGGGGCCCGCUGUGGUGACUGCGCUGGGGGAGGGAAGCCUGCUCUGACCACCGGGCUUGUCCGAUGGGGGUCUCAGCCUGCUCUGACCACCGGGCUUGUCCGAUGGGGGUCUCUCUCAUUCUGUAUCAUAUUCUCUCAAUGCUAGUGUCUCCCCACGGCCCGCAAGGGACGGUUCAGUGAGCCCACAGACCAGGAUGGACUGUUCUGGCUGAUGCUGGACCUCAGCCUGAGCUGUGGACAAGACACACACUCUGGGGGGCGAGGCGGACGGCGACACGUGUGUUAGGGGACAUCACGUCACCUACGGUUCGGUGUUAGAGCAAGAAGGAACAGGAUGGCAGAAAGAGGCAGGGAACAGCAUGAGGACACAGCGACUGCUGGUGACGGGCUGUGGCCCCACGUGUGUCACACAGGAGUGGAGUGUGGGAGACGGGGUCUCCUGCUGAGCUCUGGGCACCUGGAUGGGCUUCAGACCUGGUCCCACGGCCCGAAGGUCUUCUGGGGCGGAUGGACAGUGGUUUUUGUUCAGCACCCUUCUUGGAAUUGCUUUCUUUGGCGGUUCUUGGGGGUGAGAUGGGUGGCGGAGCAGGGGGAGCCUCUCGCAGACCCCCCGAGGGUGCCCCCUGAGCUGCCUGCCCGAUCAAUGCAGGAGGCCCUGCGGGGGCCCUGGGUGGCUCCCACGGGAGCACCCCUCACCCCAGUUCAUGGGCCCCACAGGCUGUGGCGCCGGUGGCUGACCGUUCUGUCGAGAGAUCCAGGCCCCGGGGCUACACCCCCACGGAGGACUCUGCACCUGCGACAGAAACCUCUACGCUCGGCGGCGUGGACUCGGCCUCACUGCAGGGGAGGUGGCGCGUGCAGGACGGCGGCUGGAGGUCAGGCCCCCCGAGGAGUGGAAGGGAACCCCUUGUCUGUCUUGUCCCUGCUUUUCUGUGGUACUUGAAGAGAAGUUGUUCGUGGUGGAUUCGCUUUACUUAUGACGAAUCAUUCACGGACAACACUUUUUUCAGUACCAAAUGCUACCUCUAAGGACCCGCCGGACAACCAGGGCAACUCCAGGAAAGCCAGGCCUCUCUCAGCCGCGUGGAGCCGGGCACCGACGGCUGGCCAUGGACAGCGCUCGCUCGACCUCCCUGUAAGUCGCCCGAUCCGGUCCGUCUGCGGGAGGCCUUCCAUGGCCGUGCCACCGGCGUUGCCUCCGAAGACUGGGAAGAGCAGUGUCCUGGGCUCCGGGCCAGCUGUGGAAGAGAUGUUGGUGCCAGCACCAUCCAGGGUGUGUGACUGGUUGACCAGAGGGCGUGCGCUGUGUUCACCCUGUGGGCCACCUAGUCACCAACCCUCAGCAUCAACCCCACCCCAGGAAGACAUCGGAGACCUCGCCGCUGCUGGAGAAGUGGCCGUGGACAUAGUGGGACUGCGCGGUGGACCUGCACGAGCCGUGGUCGUGGGGGUGUGCGGUUACUUAGAUGCAAGGAGUCCUCCUUGGGAGCUCGCUCAGCCUCCACCAGCUGGUGACUUCCCAGGAGGGACGGAACGUGGGCCAGCCCCACUCCUGGGUGUGUGGCUGCAAAACACGUGCAUCAUGUUAUCUCGCGUGUCUCCCAGCCCCCUAACCCCCAGCACCCCGUCUCUCCAUAGCAGGAGCCCCCCGGGGUGCUGGCCGUGAGGGGUGGGUUGUUCUCCUCAGUGCCACUCCGUCCUGGGAGCCACCACGAUGACUUGCUCACCUUACAAUGGCUGUGGGACAGCGCCUUCUCUUGGCCAGAAGGACUAAGGAGACCCAGCCACGGGCGCCCCCUUGAGGUAAGCGCGCCUCGGGUGAGUGUGUGCCAAACCCUGGCGUAUGUCACUCUGCUCGGCCCACUACCCAAGGCUCUCCCACCCGUUCUGAACAGGGUUUCCGAGAGGGGCAGCGGCCUUUGCCAGAGAGGUGACGGCUUUCCCGCUGGUGCUCACGCGUGGCACUUGGAGAGAGGCUGGCCAUGGUGAAUUCGAUUCAUCAAAGCGAGUCAUACACGGCUCUCCUCUCUUCUAGUGUCAGACUCUGCCUCAGAGGGCUUCCGGAGCCAGCGCUCGGCCCAAGGUGGGUUCUGGGUGGCUGAGCCCGCGGCCGGUGCCUUCCUGGGGAUGGAGCCCUGGGCGGCCUCUGCGGGCACCGCAAGCUUUCAGACCAGCUAGGGAGGCUGUUGGGCGGCCCCAGUGAAUUCCAAAGGCUGAAUUCAACCUGCUGGUGGGACGGCGCUGGAGGCAUCCCUCAUUGGUAGGCCUCCGGACACAGAAAGCUUGGCUUGCUAACCCACAGCAGCCCCCGCACCCCUCGGGGGACUCCUGCGGGGCUCCCAGGGCGCCGGCUACCCUGCUUUGGCAGAUGUGCGUGGUGGGCUUCGCCGUGCUUGCCGGGUCAGGUGCUGCUGUGUGUUUUGCCAAGUGCCGGCCGCACUGAGACAGAGCAUGGGUGUGACUUGGGAAUUGAGCCACCUGGUCCACUCACCCUCAGGGUCCUGUCCACCCUCAGAGACCACGCCCAAGCUGCCCAGGCUGUGUGGAAGAUGUGGGAAUGCUGCCAGCAGCAGCGCCGCCUUCUGGUACUGAGGGAGGCUGUCCGUGGUGAGUUCGCCUUAGGCGUUGAUGCCCAAUACACGACCGACCUCUUUGGUAUCACCUCUCACCAGAUGCUGUCUUGGGCCUGAUGCUGAUCUGGGGGAAGCCACACUCCUGUUGCGUACACUGGGCCGGUGCAGGGACUCACGGACCAGCACCACUGGAGCCGCUAGUCCUUGUGCAGUCCCUUCGUGCAAGACCUUGCAGCUUUUGGAGGGAUCUGAAGACCCUCAGUGGCUGGGGGAGCAGUGGUGUCUACGGCACUGCUGGUCAGUUGUAGUUUUAAAAAGAAAAAUUGAUAAUUCCUUUGUUUUUCACGAUUAAAUCUCACCUUGGAGGAAGGGCUUCUUAGAUGUGUGUACAAAUUCAGGCAUUGGUUAGGGCUCAGUGUUUUUCCCAGGCCACAUCUGUUGAGCUGGAGGCCAUGCACGGAGGACAGAGGGCAGUCCUGUUCCCAAUUUCUUGUUUUUAUUUCCGACAAGAAUUAUGACCCUGCCAGACUACUGCAUCUGUAAAUGCAAUGCAUGUGCAUAACAAAGAUUCAAGCAACACGGAAGACAUAAAUAAUGAGAGGGAAGGGAGAGUCACUCGACUCCCCACGUACCCAGAAUGACUGUCAUGGACCUGAGGAAUUUCAAACAUUGUCUGAGCAAAUAUGCAAAUAGAGAGGAAAGUAGAGACCAGAUACUUACAGAUCUGAGGUCACACCGUGCCUAAUCAUUGUAUUAAAAAUGUGAACGGUAGGUUUGCUUUUAUUCUACAUAGCAAACAAGCCAAAAGAGAAAAGUAUUGUUGAAUCUCUCUUAUUUACCAAGAAGUAUUAACCAAGUAAACCAAUAGGUGUUAACUCUUGAAAGAUUCCUAUAAGUUUUUUAAUUGUGUUAUGUCUCUUCACUGUUUUAAUUUCACUUCUAGUUUGGAAAGAAGGAAAUCAGCACUUGCACAUUUUACCCCACUUCUGCUUUUUUGUUGCAGGGGGAUUCUGCAUUUUAAUGUUUUCACAAUAAGAAUAUUAACAUUUUAUGCUGUAAUUGUGAUUCUUGCAAAGUAUUUAGCCCACAUUUAGAUGUUUAGAUGGAGUCAUUCCUGACCACUGGUUGUUUUGUUUUUGUUUUCCUCGAAAGGAGGCGUCUCUAUUCAUCAUUUUAAAAUUUGUACCCAUUUCUCAGUGAAGUGAAUUUUAUCAUUUUUUUUUUUUUUUGGAAUGGCUCAGGAACACUGGCCUUGGGUUCUUGCACAUUGGCCGCUGUCUGCUCUUGUUUAAUGCACACAGGACAACAUAGCUAGGUAUAAAAUUCUCAGCAACAUUUUUUUUUCCCUUAGAAAGUUGCAGAUAUUCCAUUGUGUUCUGCAUUAAAUAUUUCACUAGGUCUUUUUUUUUUGGACAGGCAGAGUUAGACAGUGAGAGAGAGAGACAGAGAGAAAGGUCUUCCUUCCAUUGGUUUGCCCUCCCCAAAUGGCCACUGCAGCUGGCGUGCUGUGCCGAUCCGAAGCCAGGAGCCAGGUGCUUCUCCUGGUCUCCCAUGGGGUGCAGGGCCCAAGCACUUGGGCCAUCCUCCACUGCACUCCCGGGCCACAGCAGAGAGCUGGACUGGAAGAGGAGCAACCGGGACAGAACCAGUGCCCCAACUGGGUCUAGAACCAGGGGUGCUGGUGCUGCAGGUGGAGGAUUAGCCUAGUGAGCUGCGGCGCUGGCCUCACUAGUUCUUCUGAUGUGGCUUCUCCAUGUGGUCCUUGUUCAGCUGGACUGUGUUCACUAGUGGAUCUUCACUGUCAGGAAGACUUUGGGUCACUGUAUUCUAUGAGGUCAUUUGUCUUGAACCAUUGCUUUUUCUCACCUGUUCCUUCCCUGUGAAGUUCUGUUUGGCCAUUGUGAUCUCAAGUUCAUCUCCUGAGUCACUGUAAAGGUACUUACUCUAUAAUUCCUUAGCUCUAGGGGUUCAAGUCCUCUUCUCGGCUGAGUCUAUGGACUCUGUCGGGGUGGUGCGUUUCUUCAUGGGUUCUUUCACUGUGAGACUGUUGUCAGUUGAGGAGUGAGGCGUUUUUGCGUGGCUCCCUAGGCGUAAGAGCUACAGCAUCGUCACCUGCAUUUUCUUCUUUUUGGGACUCCUGUGACCCACCAGCUGGGGCCAGUUUUUCUACUCAGCUGAUUGGCUCAAGAGUUCCCAUGGCCGUGGCUGGUGAAAAUCUUCACCUGUCUCUGUCCUGGAGCCUUCCGGGCUCCAAGAGACUUCGCUGUGCCCCUGUCUAGGCAGUAACCACCUCCUUUCAAUCCCCUGGGCCCGCUUGGGUUUUCUGGCUCCCUCUCCCACGCUAGGGCCACUGACCUGGGGCCCCAGGCCACGUACCCCGUUUCUGCACGUGCUUAAACUCUAGGACCACACACCCUGGGGUCCUCCAGCUAGUGCAGUGCCCCCCAGUCCCUUCGUGUCUAGUUGCAAGCUGUCGCUCUGAAUUAAAUUUUGUCUUCACCGGCUUCAUGUUUCUGUACCCGUUCCUUUGGCGGGGUUGAAUUGUAUCAGUGUCUUUCCGCAUUUGUGGGGGAGAUGGCUCCCCCUGCACUCUGUGGCUGGAGCUGCACCUGGGGUUAACGUGGGCUGUUAUUCUUGGGUCACAAUAUUAUGCCCUACUUGUUAGACUUAGUUGUGCCUUUGGUUCUAGAAUGUUUUCUUCCGUUACUCCUGUGAGUACAUUUCUGUUCUGUGCAUUGUUGGCCUUUUCUUGGGUUAAAUGAUCCAUUCUGUGCACUGGAGGACGCUGUGUUCUGGCCCCACGCUGCCGUCCGAGUCGGCAGGCCUUGUCAUGCUCUGCACUCUGCUUCCAUCUAAAGUGGCCACGCUCAGCCCGCCUCCAUCUCAGUGUCACUCUCCACCUUGGCAGGACGCCGUCCUGGAAUGCCGGUUUCUGGGAUGGACAGGGCGUCCACACCGUGUGCCGGGUGAGUGAGUUUACUGCUGGCAGCGGACAGCUGGAUCCCUCGUGUCCAUGUGCAUGGUGUACCCUUUGCCCAGGGUGGGCCAGCUGUCCUGAGGAAGGCUUCCUGAGGGCCAUGCCCACCAUUAAGGACCAGGCUGUGAUUAUGUGAACAGCGCUGUGCCAUGGAAAAAUAAAAUUCGCUUUCAAAGCCAUCCCUGUUAUGGCCUCCCUGUAAUGACCUGGAGCAUCAGAAGGCUUCCUGGACACAAGGCCUAGUGAGGAAAGUUCACGGCUGUCAGCCGAGUGCUGUCCUGAGUGGACGAACGUUCCCCGCUGUGAUUAGAGUAACGAUGAGUGUGCACUCGGCCUGUCCUCCAUCACGCUCCCUGGAAGGGCUCCUUGGGUGUGCGGCUGCCCUGGGCAAAGGCACUGAGGUCUGGGCCACUGCCGGGCCCAGGGUGGAACACUUGAGCAGCCAGUCCGCUAACCCAGAUGUUGACUCUGCCCCUAGGGAGACUUCCGAAGGAGGCCAGCUUCGGCGAAGAGGCGCCGGCACCUGGUCGGUGCUGAUUUGCGGUGCUUGAAGAUAGGUUAUCCGUGUUGCCUUCGCUGUACUCGUGACGAAUCAUACACGGUUGGCCUAUUUUCCAGUACCAGAUCCCAGCUGGGAGGGCUUCCUGGAGCGGAGUCUUACGUAGGGGUGGGACCUGGGUGUCGGCUCCUCUCCAGGGUAAGCGGGGGGGAAGGGUGGGCACAGCAGACCCAGCAGGGAGCCGUCUGCACUGGUCCUUACCCUGGUCACCUGCCCUCCGGGAGGCUCCUGGACCUGCUGCCCACUUUGGCAAGGAGGCGGGGCUUGGUGGGGCUGCUGGGUGGCACUUGAAGAGCAGCCUUUUGUGCUGUGGUUUGCUCUGUGUGUGUGUAUGAAUAAUUACCACUGACCUUUUUACAAAAGAAUGACAGAACGGUGAAAAAAAAAGUUUGUUUAUUUUCAUCUACUUGAAAGGAGAGCAACAGAGACAGAAGAGAGAGAGAAAAAUAUCUUCCAUCCACUGGUUCACUUCCCAAACACCUCAACAGCUGGGGCUGGGCCGGGCGGAAGGCAGGAGCCGGGACUCCGUCCGGGUCUCCCCCGUGGGUGGCAGGGACCUGGUUCCUCGAGCUGUCGUCCUCUGCCUCUCAGGGUGCCCUUUGGCAGGAAGCUGGGUCAGAGGUGGAGGUGGGACCAGAUCCCAGGCACUCCAGUACGGGGUGUGGCACCCAAGUGGCAGCUUCCCCUGUGGAGCCACACACUGGCCCUUUGCAGUCUGGCCUUCACGCCCCCGAGGGUGCCAAGUUCAGGCAUCAGAGUUGCUGUCUGCAGCUGACUGGCGGUCGCGCUGAGACGUGGGCCCGGGUGUCCUUGCCUGCAGGCCUGCAGUGGGUUCGUGGUGCCCGCUCCCCGUGGAGUCCGCUGCCGGGCUCACUGUCUUAGGAGAGAUGCCUUCCUGCUGCUCUGUCUUUGCGGCGUGCUCCUCUCGGAAUGGCUUCCUGGGAGUGGUGCCAAGUGCAAGUGAGGGGCUGGACGUGGCCGGGACCAUGGAGCGUGGGGUUGGGCUGUGGUGUGUGUCGCCAGCUUCCUGAUCCCCUGUGUCCCCUCUGUCCUCAGGGCUGCUGUCGGGGACGCACCAGGAGGGAGCACCCUAGUCAGGUACUUGAAUGGAGGUUGUCCAUGGUGUGUUCAUUUUAUUUAUGAUGAGUAUUACAUGGCCAAUCUCCUUUCGGUACUAAGUUCUUCUUGGGGAGGCUCCACAAGUGGACGUCCAGCCGGCUGCCGUGCGGGGUAAGAAGCCGAUCCCCUCCCACGAUGCAUGCUGGCGUCUGGCUCGGGUCAGUGGCUGUGCCCUGGCCACCGGCGGCAGGGGCGCCCCGCAGUGCCGCCGACCUCUGAGUGGAGGCUGUGCCCUUCCGGUCCCUGUUCUCCCUUCCCCGAGGACUUGUUCCUGGCCUUGUGUCACCCCCGAUGGCCUUUCUUACCCAGCUGGCCGCGACGGGGACUCGGGAUGCAGAGCCCACCUGGGGAGGAGGGGGCUUCCUCACGGCAGACCUGGGGGCUUCAAAGAAGCUUUUCCUGGUGUGACUUGGUUGUCCCUGGCGUACGCUAAGGAGCCCUGACAGCACCUCUGACGCCCUGGUGUUGCCUAGCGGUGAGUCUUAGCCUGCCCCCUGUUUGCUCGUCUGUGGAGUAGGGUGACUUCCUGCAGGUAAGGUGGUGUAGACUCGAUCCAGACACAGCGUGGCCCCAGCACCUGGCACGUGGUAGAAGGGAAUAAGCUCAUCACUGUGUGGGUGCCGUUACUGACGGCAGCGUCCCCAGCUGCACACGGCGCGCGUGAGGCAGGAUGAGUCAUGCUGGACACGGCAGUUGGAACGAGCGCAGUUGGACGCGUGUCCUUCAUUGAACAUCCCCACUGAGGCCUCCUGGGAACCUGUGCCCCGCGCCCUGCGCCUCCCCUGAGACUGCCUGCUGGCCCUCUGGGGAUGUGGCCCUCGGGCGGGCGGAAUCCCCAACCUUCACAGGUGCACGGACUACCUGCCCCUCCCGCCGUGGACCCCAGCAGGUCCCAGAGUUCAACGCCCGCCCACUCCCUUCUCUCUGUUGAUUCCCACCUCAGGGACUUCCUGGAGGAGAGAGCAGCGCUGGGACAGGUCUGGUGUUCACGGCAUGUUAGGGUGACAGCCGCCGACCCGGCACGGGCCUGGUCCGCGCACUGUGUGUGUGCUCCCCCCCGCCCCGCCCUGCAGCCAGCUCGGAAUGGGCAAGCUGGCCACCAGAAAGCCUGACGAGCUGUCCGACCGGCCGGGGGGGUCUCCUGGAGGCCGCGUCCCCGCGGAGGAGCGGCGCUGGUGCUCGGGCCCCGCUGACCUUUGAUCCUUGAGCAGAGGUUGCCCUUGGUGAAUUCGCUUUAUUGAUGUUGAAUCACACAAAGGCAACUUUUGUUUGAGCAUCAAAUCCUGCUUGGGACGGCUGCCGGGACCCAGCGGCAAGUGCGGGUCUACACCUGUCCCGUGUGUCUGCACCUCUCCGGGACGAGCAUGGAUGUGGAGCAGCGGACAUAGCUUAGUCCUUCGUGGGGGCCCGAAGGGAUGAUGUCGGCGGUCAGCCCGGUUCAGUUCUCACCUCGAUACCGCUCACGUGGCCACGGAUCCCAGAGGCAGUCGGCUGCACCACAUUUUGUCGGAAGAUGCUGCGACCUCGUGGGCAAAGCUCACGCCUGACGGCGCCAGCGAGGGCUGCCGUCUCUUUCCCCGCCUCCCCCACUCCCUCUUUGCUGGUGGACGUGCCACGGCCCACGUUCUGUCUGCGCGUCCCCUCUGCUCCUUGCCUCUGCUGCACUCCCUGUGCUGCCCACCCCCCAGACGGGAGUCUCAGUUUUCCCAUGGGUUCCAUCCCAUCUGUAUCAAAUAACAGUGAUAAAAAUAAUCAACAUGAAAUAAAACUUGAAACAGCACCGAGGCAAAUGUGUUCAAUUGACUACAAAUGGACAGAAGAAUCCAAUUUCUUUGACACCAUCUCUGCUGCGACGCUUGACCUGGGGAGAUGGGACGGCGCUGGCUGGCAGCCACAGGAGGGGCCCCCGGCGCAGCCGCUGCGGGCAGCCACGUUCACUGUAGACAAAAGCACGUCGCGGAAUCGCAUCGUCAUUCAGAUAUUUAAAUGGAAAAGAAUUGAUCCUAAUGAAACUGAUUUGGGGAAAAUAACUAGGGGAAUAAAAGAAAUGAAAACAGCUCAACAGCGCAGUCAAGAAAGCUGAGCAGGGAAUUGGAUUAGUUUAAUGGAAUUCGCUCUGAAAAACAUGUUUCUAUGAAAAUCAAUGGUGCUACAAUUCCUGGUAAAGUGGCCAAACUCGUGUGUGCUCGGAGCGGGGUCAACAGCAGCCCGCGGGCUGGGGCACAGCUCAGCCGCUCUUUCCAUCCCAAAGCUUCCCAGGGAGCUUCCUCGGCCAGAUGUGUGGACUUGAGGGUGACGCACUGGCGGGGUGUGCUCUGUGGGGGGUGGGUGCCUGUUGUCAGCGGCUCAGCGCGGUCACGUCCCUUCCGGGUCACCUGUAUCCCCGUGGGGGUUCUCGGUGAGAGGCAGCUGCCGGGGGAAGCCCGCAUCCCUGUGGCAGGGGGGCGGGGGGGGUCCAGCCUCAGAGCAGCCGCCCUCGGUGCUGUCGCUACUGCCCCAGAAGUCUGGAGCGUUCAGCCCAGGGUUCCAUCCCCUCUCCAACCCUAGCACUGGUGCCUCUAGGUGCCCCUGCCAGGGACAGGCCCUUCCUUGGUGCCCAGGGCCACUUGGUCAUGAGCCUCGUUUGGGACGUCGUGGGGCCGCAGCCACGGCCCAGAGAGGAGGCUGUCACUGGCCUGAGUGCUUUCUCUGCAACCGACUUUGCACGAUGGGUUUCUUUCCAGAUGCGCUUGGAAACAUUACCAGAGCUGAGCCACUCCCAGGAGGUGGCCGGCGGCUGGAAGCCUCUCGGGGGGCGGGGGGUGUGUGUGCGGGUGCAGCCCCCAGGACGUGCCUGAAUGUGGAGGGUGUGCGUGGGCCGGCCCGCUGCCCCGUGGCUCUCGGGAGCACCUCCGGGAGGCCUGCCCGGCGCAGGUGAGCGUCCGGUGGGGAGAGGGCAGCCGCUUGCUUGCGAUGUGCUCUCUCCCUGCCCGCGGCUGGCGUCUCGCUCUCAUCAUAGCCAGGCCUGGGGGGGGAGGGGGGCGUUCUGAACUCCAGCCAACGUCAGGGAAAGGAUUCUGCUGUCGGUCCCACUCCAAAGUUCACAAAAUGGGUGGUGGGCACAGAAUCCAGACUCUGCUUGUGGCACACGUCGUCUGGUCCCGGCCUGGCCCCGGCCCUCCGCGGCCAGCCGGUGGCGCGAGGCGUGCUGUGUGUGUGGUGCAGCUGUGGGGCGGCGGGGGCGGUGACUCGGGCUGUUCUGCCUUUCUAGGAACAGAAGCCUUGCUUUUCUUCUUCCCUUGUGUGCCCCGGCCCGCGCUGGUCUUGAUGUCCCCCGGCUUUGCUGCUGGCCAGGCUAGCUGUGAGCAGUGGCAUUGCCUUUGAAGGUGGUGGCCCUCUGCAGGGCGAGCCCUACCAUGGAGGGCACGGCUCCAGGUGCUACUGCCGGACCCAGGGCCCGCCCUCCGAGAGGGCUCGUCUCGGGCUGAGGCCAGUUUCCUCUUCCUUAGCCACGGGCCCACCUGCUCGCGCCCCGUGUGUGUCCACCCCCUGGGAAGGGUCCCUCUCUUUCCCCCUGGAGGCCAAGGAGUGGUUGCCUUGGCAACUGGGAGGGGGCCGCGCAGGAGGUGACGGCUGCGGUCCCCCAGAGCCCUGGGUGGGUCUUCCGGAGGCGCCCGGCGUAGUCAGCGUCUGCGCCGCUCCGUGGUACUUGGGGAGAGGUUACCCGAGCAACUUUGCAUCUGGACGACGAAUGUUGCUCGGUGAACCCCUUUUCGGUAUCAGAUUCCAGCAGGGGUGCCCUCGGGAGAGCGCCGGCGUCCGCACCGCCCUGGGGAACGGGAGGGAAGUAACUGCUCCCAGUGAACUCCUGGUCCACGGGCGUGCGUCCCGCUGCAGCCGGCGGCGCGGGCGCAGCCUCUCCGGGUACCUGAAGGGAGAUCGACCGUGUUCCAUUCGCUCCGCUGACUUCGAAUAAUAGAUGGUUGAUCUUUCCUCGGUAUCAAUUCUCACCCGGAGGGCACGGGGACCGGGGCCGCUGGCCUGGCCCCGUCCCCGGUCUCCUGACCCGGGUGUCCGCUCCCCACCCCCGCGCAGGGCGCCUCCAGGCCACAGGGACGUCGCGGGACGCCGCUGUGGAGAACUCGUGUCAGCGUCGCUGUGGGUGCUGAGGGGAGGUUGUCUGUGAUGAGUUCGCUGUAUUAAAGCCGAAUAUAACACAGAUGGCCUGUUUUCAGCACCGCCUAGCGCUCGGCGCCGCGCGGCACGGUACGUGGCUGCAUGCCCCCGCGCCCCCUCGGCCACCGAGCCGGGCGCCUUCCCGGGGCUCCCGGGGACGCCGGGACAAGGCUGGGCCUGUCGGACCCAGGGGCGGGCCGUAUCCCGUGCCUGGCGCCCCGGAGGCGGGGGACUCUGCGGGUCCGCGCCCAGGGCGCAUCUGCCACCGCCCGCCUGCCCUGCAUGCCGCCCCCGGGGCGCCUGCGGGGAGCCCGCGCCCCGUGUUCACACGUACGCAUCCUAACACCCAGUGCACAGAAUCCCGCCUCGCAUGCCUGGCGCGCGCCGGCCGCGUUGGGGGAGGGACGUGGCGCAUGCUGCCCCGCACCCGCACCCCAGAUGGGGGCCCAUCCGCGCGGAGGCGGGAAGGCCGGGAGGCCGUCCUGGAGGAAGGACCCCCCUCGCUGGAGUCCUCGCCACUCGGUGGUACCUGAAAUAGGUUGCCUGUGAGGUGUUCACUCUCUAUACGAUGAAUAUUAUACAGUCAACCUCUUUCCGGCGCCACAUCCCGCCUGGGACCUCCUCGCUGGCCGGCGUCGGUCGCUGUGAGGCCGUGCGUGGGACCCUGGCCACCUGGGCCGCGCGUUUCCCACCCCAGGUCUGCUCUGGGGUCUGGGCCCCCGUCUCUCCUGCGGCGCACGUGCGCCCACACGAUGACCACAGGCGCCCAGCUCAGACUUAGGGACCCCACAGGGCGGCUGCCCACGCCUCUGCACUGCCUCCUGGCCGCUGUGCCCAGUGCAUGAGGAGGGGCUUCCCGGCACUGCCCCUCCCCGCUAGACCCUCGGCUGCCCUCCCUGGCCUUGAGCAUUGUGCGGGCCCCUCCUGGGGUCUCCUUUCACUGUCCCCCUCCUGCCAGGGGAACUUUCCAGAAUGCAAUCGUGGUCUCGCCUGGCCGGCCCCCAGCCCCAGCCCCCACCUCCUCCUCCAGGUGCAACUUCUGUGCUCUGUGCCUGUAGCAGGUCCCGGGCCCAGGACCCAAAGGCAGUGCAGCGUCUGCCCCCACCCCUCGCCCCUUGCCCGCGCGCUGCCCCUCUCGGGAGCCCUCUGAGAGCUCUGUAAGGCUCCCGGGGCAGGGGUCCUUCCUGUCAUGUUCUUUGCUGUGUCCCCAGGCCCGGGACACCAGCCCGGGGAGUGUUGACUCAUGGAGCACUGAGGACGACAGCACCAGGUGACGUAGGGACCGAGUGCCCGAAGGUGGUGCUCGCUUGUGACAAAGCCUGCAUCUGUGGGCCGGCCGCUCUGGCAGAGCAGGCAGAACACUCGUUCUGUCUGCACGCUCCACUCCCAUCCAGCGCUCUGCUGUGGCCCGGGAGGGCAGUGGAGGAUGGCCCAAGUCCUUGGCCCCUGCACCCGCACGGGAGACCAGGAGGGAGCACCUGGCUCCCGGCUUCGGAUCGGUGCAGCUCCGGCCGUUGCGGCCAACUGGGGAGUGAACCAGCGGAUGGAAGACCUCUCUCUCUUUCUCUCUUUGCCUCCUUCUCUAUUUCUCUCUUUCUCUCUCUCUCUGCCUCUCCUCUCUCUAACUCUGCCUUUCAGAUAAAUAAAUAAAAUCCUUAAAAAAGAAA